GACGACACUGCAGAGAGUGUCGAGUUGUUGACAGAAUGGCAGAAAUGGGGACCCCGGCAGGCGGGGCCACGCCAGGACCUGGCGUCCCUGGCACGGCUGGCACCUCCACCAAACAGCCCAUGAUCUACAUCUGUGGAGAAUGCCAUGGGGAGAAUGAGAUCAGACCACGUGAUCCAAUCCGUUGUCGGGAGUGUGGGUAUAGGAUCAUGUACAAGAAGAGAACCAAACGAAGUAUCCUUAUCUUUUCCCCGACUUACGAGUCGCAGUCCUGUAACUAG